CUGGGACUGCCCUGUAAGGGACUAUCUUGAAAUGAUCAAACAGAUAGGAAAACCACACUGUUACAUGGCCAAGUUGAUCUUGGAAACUGAAGGUGAGGAAGAAAGAAGGUCGAGGAAAGCAAAGUACGGAGUACAGUUGGUGAUUAUCUCGGAUUAUCAUUAAUCCGUGUUCGCUGCCAAGCAUUGUACAUACUUGCUGAGUUCAGACAUCGAUUCAACUUGUCAUGUUGGAAUAGCAUUGGACUUGCCAGACACUUCGCUCAAGGAUCCCAACAGUCAUUUGCCUUGGAUAUUCCUUGUAUUUCAGUGACGGUGAGCGUCCUUCAGCUUAGUCGAGAGAGAGGUGACCACGGUCGAUGCUUGUUUAGAGCUGCAUGUCCAAGAAUAAAAUCAGACAUAUUCUGUCCAGCACAGUGACUUUCCUAACGACAUAUCGCAGACUUGGCCGCCUUUCGACACAAGAAUCACGAGGAUUGUCCAUUCUGUUCACCCGAAAUAUGGCAACUACAACAAUCAACAGUCCACGUGACCCCAACACGUUGUCAAACUACAAUAACUGGCGAACGCUUCACACUUCUACAACACUCGAUAUUCUGUUUGACCAGCAGAAGCUCAAAGGAACUGUAGCUCAUGACCUGCAAGCCAUCACAGACGGUGAAAGUGAUGAGAUCAUUCUCGAUUCCAGCCAUGUACUUAUCCAUAGUAUUAUGGCCGAGGGCAAAGCGGCCAAAUGGGAGACCGCAAAGCGACUCGAACCUUAUGGCAGUGCGUUGAAGAUCAAGCUAGACAGGAAGCCGAAACUGAAUGAGAAGAUUGGUAUCCAAAUUGAACUCGAGACUACAGAGUCCUGCACAGCGUUGCAAUGGCUCACUCCCGCUCAAACCUCCAACAAGAAGCAUCCCUACAUGUUUUCCCAGUGUCAAGCCAUUCACGCUCGAUCUAUUUUCCCUUGUCAAGAUACACCUGAUGUCAAAGCGACAUUUGACUUCAACCUCAAAUCACCUCUUCCCGUCAUUGCCUCUGGACUCGGUGCCAAAGAAAACCCUACUUCUCCAUCGGCCGAUGGUUCUCACCAGCUGUACCAGUUCCACCAGCGCGUCCCCAUACCGGCGUAUCUCUAUGCCAUUGCCAGCGGGGAUAUUUCUACCGCUUCGAUAGGCCCUCGGAGUACAGUCGCUACAGGCCCAGACGAGUUGAAAGACUGUACGUGGGAGCUGGAAGAGUCGACCGAGAAGUUUUUGAAAGCCGGAGAAUCCCUCGUCUACCCUUAUGCCUGGGGCGAAUACAAUGUCUUGGUUCUUCCGCCAUCUUUUCCCUACGGUGGUAUGGAGAACCCAGUCUAUACGUUUGCCACCCCGACCAUCAUCUCCGGCGACCGGGAAAACGUCGACGUGAUUGCACACGAACUGUCGCACUCGUGGUCCGGCAACCUCGUUUCCAAUGCUUCGUGGGAACAUUUCUGGCUCAACGAGGGUUGGACCACGUACCUCGAACGUCGGAUCCAAAGCAUCGUCCACGGAAGUGACCAAUGGAGGGACUUCUCCGCGAUCAUCGGCUGGCAAGCGUUGACGGACUCCAUCAAGAACUUUGGCGAGGAACACGAAUUCACCAAACUGGUCAUCGACCUGAAGGGUAAAGAUCCCGACGACGCAUUCUCCAGCAUCCCGUACGAAAAGGGCUUCAAUUUCUUGUACUACAUUGAAAAACUCAUUGGUCAACAAGAAUUUGACAAGUUCAUUCCACACUACUUUGAAACCUGGCGAGGCAAGAGCUUGGACAGCUACGAUUUCAAGACCACCCUGCUAGACUUUUUCAAGCCAGACGGCAAAGUCUCGGCCAAGCUCGCCGAGAUCGACUGGGACACGUGGUUCUACAAGCCUGGGUUCCCGCCCAAACCAGACUUUGACACCACCCUCGUCGACGUCGCUUACCGUCUCGCGGAAAAGUGGGAGGGAUUCACCCGAAACCCCGACGGCCCGUCGGACUUCAAGCCGAGCAAGCUCGACAUCGAAGGGUGGACGGCGAACCAGGUGGUCGUGUUCCUCGAGAAGGUCAUGGCGUCAAAGACGACGUUGCCGAUGCGCCACGCCAACCACAUGGGGGACGUUUACAAGUUGAAGGACACCCGGAACGUCGAGGUCUCGGCGCGGUACUACCAGAUCGCCAUGGCCAGUAGGGAUCAAUCCAUCAAGGAGUUUGUGGUCAAGAUGCUGGGACAGGUGGGACGGAUGAAGUUUGUCCGACCGUUGUAUCGCGGGUUGAUGAAGUUGGACUACGAACGGGCCGUGGAGACGUUUGAGAAGAACAAGGACUUUUACCAUCCCAUCUGCAGAGGGAUGGUCGCGAAGGACUUGAUGGGGAGUAAGAAGGAGUGAGAUACUCGCUUGCGUAGGAACGUGUCGUGGGGGUUGUGUGUGAUCCAAACAGAAGAGGGUCGAUGAAUAGCGUACGGUAGGACAAUGAACAAUAUCAGUAUCGGUGUCCAUGAUCAGGAUGAGGAGUUAGUAUCGACACCGUUGUCAAUGGUCCAUAACAGUGAGG